AUGUAUUCUAAUUAGGAAUUUAGCUGCAGAAUUCCACAUCACAAAAUAGUCAAUAAAAAAAUUGUCUAUGUGGUUAUAUUUGUUUCACACUCUUAUUGUUCUGCAAAAGUCUAACAUUUAAGAUAUUCAGAAGCUGAAAAAUUACAUACCAAAUUGGAUAAGUCAUCAUAACAAUUACGUAUCUCUGUUACUUUACCAUAAUUUCCUGGUAAAAAACUAUUUGGCAGUCAUAAUGAUUCUGAAUAAGGAAUUUUAAGGCGUGUAUUUAUUUUCAUUAUCAAUUAUUUUAGAGAUCCGAUUUAUAAGAUUAUUUCAACCAAUUACUUAAAAUUGAUAAACUCUAUUCUAUACCAUGUUUGAAAUCUUUAUUACCAGAUAUCAAUGAUGAUAAAAGUGAUUUAACUUAAUUCUUAUAGGAUAAGUAAUUUAUUAAUAAUGACACUUAGACCUUUAUAAUAAUACAAUUUUAUUAUUGAUUCAUUCUAACAAUUAGAUAUGUUUGUACUGUAUUUUGUUCAAGUUAUUGACAAUUUUAAUAAAUCAAAAUGGAGAUUUAAAACCAGAUAUUCAGAUUUGAGAGAUAUUCAUUAAGCACUUAAAGAAUAAAUUAAAAUCAAUUCUAUACCUGAAUUUCCUAAAAGAAAGAUUUUCGGAAUUACUAAUGAUGAUCCUUAAGAAAUUGAAACUAGAAAAAAAAAUUUAGAAAUAUAUCUAAACUCUAUAUAUGCGUACUUAAAUAAUAUCUAAUUAGAGUAAUCCAGAAUUAGCCAAUACAGAUAUAUUAGAUUAUUUCAUAUAAAAUAGUAGAAGAGAAUCCAAAAAAUUAUAAAAAUUUGAUGAACAAAAAAUGUUGUUAAAAAUGGUAUUUAUUAUUAUUAUAAAAAAUUCAUUUUAGAAACUUAAAUAAAAACAACAUAAACAAUAAUAAAUUGAAUAAUUACAAAAGAAAUUAUUGAAUCCUGAAAACCAAUAGGAUAGUAAUACUACUACAGAUAAAUCAUCUCAAAAAUAAAUUAAAUAAAUACCUAGAAAAGGUCUCUUCGUUAUUAAAGAACUCUUAGAUAAAUAUGAAGAUGACAAUACUACACUUUUAAGAUACAGUUCCCUAUCUACAAAUCCAUUAAAUACAGUAGGUGCUACAUAGAUGCCAAUAACCAUUUUACAAAAUAACUAAUUGGAAGAUGAGUAUAUAAAAGCAUCCUCGUAACCGCAAGCUGCACAAAUUGUUAUGGAAGAUCUUGAAGAUGAUUUUGUAAUCUAAAUAGAUGAAAAUAAACAAGAAACUUAAUUAACCUAUUAAAAAUGA